CUGCCAUAUUGCUAUAUCAGUGUUGUAAAAUAUCAAAGCCAUCAAAGCUCUCACGUCUCGCCACCACUUUACACGAAGAAAUGGACAAGAACCACUUGCAACGCCAGCUUGAAAUGAAGAGGUCCCUCCUCGAUCAGGGAUACCUUGAUGAGCAAUUUAUUCAGCUUGAGGAGUUGGAAGAUGGUGACAACCCUAAUUUCGUAGAAGAAACGGUGACAACUUUCUAUGCUAAUUCUGCUAGACUUCUACAAAACAUAGAGCAAGCACUGGGCAGUCGGCCUAUUGAUUUCACUGCGCUGGACAAUUGCAUGCACCAAUUCAAGAGUAGUAGCACAAGCAUAGGAGCCACAAGAGUGAAGAAAGAAUGCACACUAUUCAUGGAAUACUGCGAGGCAGCUAAUGCAGAAGGAUGCAUUAGGACCUUCCGACAAGUCAAACAAGAGCAUGCAAGUUUGAAGACGAAGCUGGAAAAUUAUUUUAAGUUGGCACGACAAGGUGGAACAUCAGCAGGAGGCCACGCCGGUCGAUCAUAAUUAAAUGGUCAAUAUUGGCGAUAUCUCAUAUACGUACGGACUCAUUCUUCAUAUAUAUAUAUAUAUGAACAAAAGCUCAUAUUAUCGAGCAGAACGGAAUUUCGCAGAGUAAUUUCCAUGUAUUAGUUAGCAGUAUCAUUAAUUGUGUUUUAAAAAUCUAAAUCCUGUACUGAUUGUUAAAUAAAAUAAAAAACCAUGUACUGAUCAUAAGCUUGUAAUCAGCCUAGCUAGUCUAUGCGUGGAUUAUGUUUUCCUUCCAUUUAUAUUCCCAGUAGGAGAAUUUGGACGUUGGAAUGUCGAACUUCCAUUUAUUGAAGAAUCGACAUUAAUUCACCAUGCAGUACUUAAGUUGUUGACUUUGAAUUAA